AUGCACGCCAAGGACGUUGAGGGAACAACAAAAGAGGAGAAGCACGCACCGGAGGCCGUGGAGAAGCUGGAUGAAGUGCUCGAGAAGCCAGACAUAGAAAGCCAUGGGGAUUCCACAGGCGCAGUCGCAAAAACAGACCCUGAGGAAAUUAGGCUUGUUAGGAAGAUUGACUGGCGUCUCAUGGCACGACUGAACGACUUGGAAGAGGAUCUAGGGAUGGACGGCGACACGCAAUUCAAUACAACUGUCAGCAUUCUCUUCGUCGGCUACGUAUUGAUGCAAAUCCCGUCAAAUAUGCUCAUCACGCGGAUCAAGCCCGGUUACUACAUGAGCGCAUGGAUGUUGAUUUGGGCCGUCGUUUCUGGAUGCACUGGGCUUGUGCAAAACUAUGCUGGACUCGUGCUGUGCCGCUUCUUUUUGGGCAUUACUGAAGCACCUGUAAGCCGCGGCGUUCUCCUCCGUCCGCCGUGCAACAUGGUUUACUAA